CCCAACGCGUUUUGCGCCUUCCGUCACCGAUUUAACGUCGACAAAAUCACAACCAACGGGAGAGGUACAGAAACAUAACAAUGGCUUCCCUUCCUCUGUCCUCUUCAGCCUGUCUCCGUCUCUUCUCCGUUUUGGUUCUCGUCUCGCUACAGUUCCUCGCCGUCAGAUCUCAGCAGUAUCAUUUCUGCUCGAACGACAGAGGAAACUACACCGUAAACUCCACCUUCGCCACAAAUCUGAAUAGUCUCGUCUCGUCUUUGUCCUCUCUCCAGCGGAACCCAGACGGGUUUUACAACGUUUCUGUCGGAGAAACCACGAACAUGGUGAACUCUGUUUCUCUCUGCAGAGGAGAGGUCGCCCCAGUCGAUUGCCUCGCCUGCGUCUCGGCCGCCGGCGAAGAGAUUACGAGGCGUUGCCCUAAUCAGAAAGAGGCGAUUAUAUGGUACGAUUCCUGUAUGGUGCGCUACACGAACCGAACGAUCUUGAACGUGAUGGAGAUGAGACCUGCAUUCUACAUGGCGAAUGGAAAUAACUUCACAGGAGACUUGGAGGGGAUUGAGAUGGCUCUAAGGGGUUUGCUGGAAGGUCUGAGGGACAGAGCUGGAGAAGGAGGGGUGAGGAAGAAGUUUGCAGCCGACAGGUUCAACGCGCCGUCUUUGCCGACGUUGUACGGUAUGGUCCAGUGUUCGCCUGACUUGUCGGAGCAAGACUGCUCCAGUUGUCUUACCCGGAGUUUCGGGGAUAUUCCGGCUUGUUGUGACCGGAGGAUCGGUUGCCGGCUGCAUACUCCGACCUGUUUUUUCAGGUACGAGACCUAUCGGUUCUACGACGCGACAGCUGCUGAGGAGACGGUUCCUCCACCGCCGCCGCCGCCGCCGGCCAAUGAAACGAGCACAGACGGAGAAGGGAAGAAAAAUGGCUAUGGAGAAAAAGUAGUGAUCUUUGUAUUUGUUCCUGUUGCCAUCAUCGCUGCCCUUCUGAUCACAUCGUUUAUUGUUUUCUUGACGCCGAGGAAGAAGAAUCCGACGACAAGAAAACACGAAACAAGCGAGGUUACCGAAGAAAUCAUCAGUGCAGAUUCGUUGUUGUUCGAUUUCAGAACGAUACGGGAGGCGACGGAUAAUUUCUCGCCCGAAAAGAAACUUGGACAAGGAGGUUUCGGUACAGUUUAUAAGGGUAUGUUACGUGAUGGACAAGAAAUAGCGGUGAAAAGGUUGUCGAGAGACACGGGACAAGGGGAAACAGAGUUCAAGAACGAGGUCUUGCUGGUUGCGAAGCUUCAGCAUCGGAAUCUGGUCAGGCUUUUGGGCUUUUCCACCAAAGGAAACGAAAGGCUUCUCGUUUAUGAGUUUGUCAAAAACGCGAGUCUCGACAAUUUCCUUUUCGAUGCUGUCAAGAAAAGGUAUCUAGAUUGGGGAAAACGCUACGAGAUCAUAGGAGGAAUUGCACGAGGGCUCCUUUAUCUUCAUGAAGAUUCCCGUCUUCGGAUAAUUCAUCGUGAUCUUAAAGCUAGUAACGUCUUACUUGACGAGGAAAUGAACGCAAAGAUUGCAGAUUUUGGUGUGGCUAGGUUGUUCGAUAUUGACCAAACAACACAACGCUUCACAAGCAAGAUCGUCGGAACAUUAGGAUACAUGCCUCCAGAGUACGCAAUGCAUGGACAGUUUUCGUUUAAGACAGAUGUUUACAGUUUCGGGGUGUUGGUGCUCGAGAUCGUUAGUGGCAAGAGAAACAACUGGUCCAGAGAUGGCGAAGAUGCGGAAGAUCUCGUUUCCCUCGCAUGGAGAAACUGGAGAGAAGGGACACUGUUGAAUCUGAUCGAUCCGAGUUUGAGAUAUGGUUCGAGGAAUGAAAUGUUGAGAUGCAUAAGCAUCGGUCUUUUAUGCGUGCAAGAGAAGGUAGCAAACAGACCGAGCAUGGCUUUGGUUGUUAUGAUGCUAAGUAGCCAUAGUCUUGCCCUCCCUGUUCCCACUCCGCCCGCCUUUUCCAUGCGUCAUGUCUCGAGAUUCGACCUGCCCUCUUCAGACAACCUUAACUCAAGGGCCACAGAUUCGAGAGAACGCUAGAAAACCGCUGUCUUAUAGGAUCGUCGUCGGGACAUCACUGACUCCAUUACAGAGUUAUAUCCGAGGUAGUUCUGAAAGGGUUUUUUUUUUUGUACAGACAUCUUCAGAUCUUUGUAUUCUUGUCGCGAAGAUGAUUCGACAGUUUCAAAUAUCUUGGAAAGUUAGAAUACGAGAAUCAUCGGUUAGUCAAAGAUCUUCGAUCCAUUUUAUUGUAGCUGUUUUCAUGGAUGUAACUUCUCUUCUCCAAGGAAGACAAACACAGAGAAGAAGAAACAUGAAUAGCUUGUUCUUUUCCUCAAUGUACAUGUUCCAAACCAGAAGAA